AUGCUCUCCCGCUUCGCCGAUGUGGCCCUCGCUCUCGGCUCUGCUAGCGAAGCCCUCGCGCGCCUGCAUGCUGCCCCCUCCCUCGCACUCUCUCAGGGGCAAGGGCAGGGGGAGGGGCAGGGGGAAGGGCAGGGGCAGGCGCAGGCGCUGGGGCAGAUCCGUGGCUCGGAGUUUCACCUGGUGCUUGUCAACCUGCGCCUUGCUGACAUGUCCGGCUUUGCAUUCACACAGGCUGUAAGGCGCAUUGAGGAGCAGCGCUAUAACGAGGAUGUGGUGCGCAUGGGGAGUGCGGCUCAGCACUCGCACAUCCCCAUCGUGGGACUGGUCAAUGACGCCCUGCCUGAACUGGUGGCCAAGUGGAAAGAGGCAGGUAUGGAUGGGAUGCUCUCAAACCCCAUUGACGAGGCUCAACUGCUAACUGUGGCCCAGGGUCGCGGCAGCAGGCGCGCCAAGGCUGAGGAUGAUGCCGUCGAAGAGAAGAGCGACGUGAAACGCGAGAAGGAAAACGGCGUUGUAAAUGGAAAGGGCGGCGGCAAACGUUUAAAGGAGAGCACCGCGGUCGAAGAAAACGGCGUCGUGAAAUGCGUAACAGAAAACGGCGAGGUGGGAGAAAAGGGCUCGGGCAAACGAUCAAAGGAGGCCGGCGCAACUGAAGAGAAGUCACGCACGAAGCGCGCCAAGGUGAACAACGGCCGCAGCGUCAGCCGCGUGGAGGCUCCACGUCAGCCCAAGGCAGAGAAAGGGGGAAAGAAGAAGCCUCCACUUCAUCCCAAGGAAGAGAAAGAGGCGAGUGGGAAGCCUUCAGGCCAGCUCAAGGGAACGGAAAAAGAGGCGAAGAAGGCGCCUGGGAAGGCGAGGAAGCGAGGCAAGGCGCCAGCGAUCGACGACGACAUGAUUCAAGUGAAGCAGGCUCCGCUCGCUGACUCAGCUAACCGUUUGUAUCCAGUAAGCACCCGCAUUUCCUCUCAUGGUAGCUUACCAAGUCAUCACUGUAUCGCCACUCUAUCCUCACUUGCGCAAACUGCCUCUGUCCUCCGUCCGAUCUGUGCAGAGGAAGUCGCGAUCGUGCUCACGCACCCGUCGGAUCCAGCAGCCGCUGCUGCGGCAGCGGCGGCGGAGAAGGGGCCAGUGCGGCAGCUGCUGGACUUCGUGUUUCACGACUCGGAGGGCGCGCUCGUGCCGCUCGACAGCUUCGACGCGCUGGCGGCGCGCGGGGAGGGGCUCUUCGCGACGGGCGUCAUUCUUCCCGAGACCGCCGCGCUGCGCCAUAUGGCGGGUUACAGGUGCGAGGCGUUCGGGCCCAUCGACGGGUGGUACAUCGACGGCUACGAGAAGGCGAACACAGCGGCGCGCAUCAUGAUCACCACGGACGCUGCCACGUACGUCUGCUGCCGCCCCGCCGCCAAGCAGAAGAAAGACUUCACUUCGCUGCAGGACAAGGCCAAUCUGUGCGUGGAGGUCUACAGGGCGCUGUCCAAGCCAGACGGGGGGGACCCUACCAUUUCCCUGCCAGAAGUGGUGGCGCGCGUGUCAAGGGCGCUGGGGCGGCCGUGCAGGGACGACCUGGUGGUCCGUGCCUCAAUAGCUUCUCACGUUCCCUCCACCCCCACCUCCCCCCGCUCCAAACAGGACAAGGCCAAUUUGUGCGUGGAGGUUUAUCGAGCCCUUUCCAAGCCGGACGGGGGCGACCCUACCAUUUCCUUGCCAGAGGUGGUGGCGCGCGUGUCCAGGGCGCUGGGGCGGCCGUGCAGGGACGAGCUGGUGGCGGCGCACGCGUUUGUGUUGCAGCAGCUGUGCGGGCUGGACAAGGACGCGGAUGAAGACGACCAGCUCUUCUCGGGACUGCCUGCACUUGAGUCGUUGAAAGAGGAGGGAGCGAAGCACGCAGCCGUCCGGAGCAUCGUGGAGGCCAGGCAAGCCAGCGCCAAGGAACACACGGGCAAGAAACCAGCUGCUACAAACGGAGCCCUCGUUAUAAGAGACACUGCUGGCGGCAGUGGCAGCAGCAGCAGGGCCGGCGGGGGAACAGCCGCGAGCAGCAACUGGGUGCUGGACGAGGACCAGCUGCGCUUCAUGCCGCUCCAGCUGUUGCUCAUGCUGCCCAUGCUGCCCCCUUUAUUGGUCUCUGCUGACCCCUGCCUGCCUCUUUCACCUUUUUCUCCUGUUUACUCCGUCUGCCGCUAUUGCACCCGGCGACCUGCCAUGCCGCUGUCUGGACGACUAGGCUCUCUACGAGGACCAGCUGCUCUUCGUGCCGCUCCAGCUGCUGCCCAUGCUGCCCAUGUUGCCCCCUGCUCUGUCGCCACCCUCCUCACCGCUGUGCCCUCCUCACCGCUGUGCCCUCCUCACCGCUGUGCCCUCCUCACCGCUGUGCCCUCCUCACCGCUGUGCCCUCCUUACCGCUGUGCCCUCCUCACCGCUGUGCCCUCCUCACCGCUGUGCCCUCCUCACCGCUGUGCCCUCCUCACCGCUGUGCCCUCCUCUUCUCUCCCACUUCCACCCCCCAGCGUGGACGAGGAAACAGACGAGUUCCUCUUAUUUGACGACGCUGCCGCUCCGUUGCACCCCGACGACCUCCCUCGGCGCCGCCUGGACGACUGGGCUCUCUACGACGAUCAGCUGCGCUUCGUGCCUCUCGAGUUGCUGCCCAUGCUGCCGGGAGUGGCCGCCGACUCCCUCGUGUUCGGCUCUGGCGUUAUGAUGGAGGACGAUGGCAGCGGGUUUAGCCUGGACGAUCCUACUGUCGAAUCCGCUGGUACUACUCGCGGUGACGGCGGUGGUGCUGGUGGUUCUUCAGGUGGUGCUGGUGCUUCAGGGAGUGGUUCAGGUGCUUCAGGGAGUGGAUCCGGGUCGGGGUCUGAUCCUGCAGCAGCAGAUGGUGGUGGUGGUGGUAUCCGGGUGUACCUGAGCGCGAUUAAGGAGUGGAUGAUCGAAUUUGGGGCUGGGAUGCUUUUCGUGACCAUUCGAACGGAUGGGGCAUGGUACAGGCUUGGCCGCCCCUGUGCCGCCUAUGUCCCCUGGUACCGCCCAGUUCUGCGCACAGCCAGGCUGGCAAUCCGAGUCAUCGAGAUGCUGAGUGGCGAGUCCCGGGCGGCACGUUUGUCUUUUCUGGACGUGGUGACGAAGCUGGCGCAGGAGCGGGUGGCGGAGAAGCAGCAGAAGAGCGGAAAGGCGCCGGCGCGUGGGGACUUAGCUAAGUGUUUCGCUGAGAUGGAGCGGUUUUUAGUGGUGCACGGGAAUAUUAUUCUGCAGCAGUUUAGGGAGUACCCAGUAGAAACGAUCCGGAGGAGCCCCUUUAUAAGCACGCUGCGAGAAAAGAUGGAGACGCGGUCGCAUACAGAGCUAAAAGUUAGUAAGAAAAAGGCGGCUAUGAUUGUCGCAAACAGAGGUAGCAAUGGGCGUGGUGGGGGUGACGGUGGGAGUGCGAGAAACGCCAAUCCUGCUGCGGCUUUGAGGCCAGAUGCUAGUAAGAGGAAGCCUAUGCGUGCGACCACGACUCAGCUGGUCCACAGGAUCUGGAAGGAGUACUAUGAACGGUUCGGAUUGAAGCGGGAUGAGUGCGCGGAAGCAGAUAAGGAGGCUGGUGUGACCGAUAAGGGAAAAGCAGCUGCUGGUGGGACUGAGACGGAGAAGGCGAAGGAAGCUGCUGCAGGUGGGAGCAAAGCUGGUGGAAACAAGGCGAAAGCAGUAAAGGACUCCACUCAGGGCGUGACAUGGAUUGGCACAAGCACUGGCCGCACAGAGGAGGACCAUCCUGCAUACGCCUCAGCCUCAGUGUGGGGGCUGGAGGUCAGGGCAGGGAUCGUGGUGCUUGCAGCUGUGGCGGAGGGCGAGCAUGACGAGCACGAGGGGCGGUGGAGGGAGGAAGAGGAGAAACUGGUGCUUGUGGAUGAGCUGGCAUCAGUGACGCAUCGCAAGCAGCCAUGGGGAGCGGAACAUAGGCUCAGGAACAUGGAGGAACACGAGAGGGAGAGGGAGCGAAUGGCGAAGCUUUUCAACGAGACGGGGCAGCGCUCCUUCUUCUACCGCCUCCUCUACAACCCCUCCCGUGGCGGCUUUUUCGACCUGCCCAAGAGCCUGGGCAGCGGAACAGGCAGGUGUUGCUCGUGUGAUGAGGAUGCAGAGAGGGAUAGGAUGAUGGAAGUGCGGAGGCUUGGAGGCGGGAAGGCAGGGGAAGAGGAGAAGGUGGAGGAGGGAUUCGCUUACUUAGGGAAGGAGUUUCGGGUGCAGGACUUCGUGUUUUUGCAUCCGGCAGCAGUGGGGGAGGAGAGCGAGGGGAAGAAGGUUAAGAUAGCGAAAGGAGGGCGGAACAUUGGACUGCGCGCAUGGCCUAUCGGGCAGAUAGAAAGGUUUGUAGCUCCGACCGGCGGGGCGAAGGAGGUGCCCGAAAAGAUGGUGGUGAGGAGGUUUUUCCGCCCUGAAGAUGUGCCGAAUGAGGGUGAUGAGAUCGCGUAUACGGCACACAUCCGAGAGGUGUACUACAGUGAAACCCUAAUCACUGUAGACGUGACAGACGUGAUCGGCAAGUGCCGCGUGCAGCGCGGCAAGCCCACAGCAGCAGCAGCAGCGGCAGGGGCAGAGGCGGAUCACUUGGGCUUUAACAUCGGGGGGUGCCUGGAGGAGGAGCUGAUGGGCGGCGACUUUGUCUUUUUCUGCGAUCGCCUCCUGAAAGAUGGCUCUGUCCGAAUGUUGCCCCCUGGGAUUCGUUUCGGCCCUUCCUCAGCAGCAUCAGCAUCACCAGUCAAGGAGAAGGGCAAGGGCAAAGGCAAGAGUGUUGCUACUGACGACGAUGCUGAUGCAGAAGCAGCAGAGGCAGCAGCAGCAGCUAGAGCCCGGGCGAAAGGCAAGGGGAAAGCAGCUGCGGAGGAGCCAGAGGAACCCACCAGCAAGGCUGCAACUGGGGCGAAGCAGCAACGGGGGAAGCAGAGAGAUCUGGAAAAUCAGGAGAAUGCAGAGAAUCAGGAGGAAGGGCAGCAAGGGUUGGGAAAAAGCAGCAAGGGUGGCGCUGGUGUGCUGCGAACUUUGGAUAUAUUUGCAGGGUGUGGCGGGCUGUCGGAGGGGCUGCAGCGGUCGGGCGCGUGUGAGACGCAGUGGGCCAUCGAGUACGAGCACCCGGCUGCUGAGGCGUUUCAGAAGAACCACCCCGACGCUGCUGUCAUCUGCGCCAACUGCAACGUCGUGCUCAGUGCUGGUGGGCGGGUGUGCUGCUGUGCUGAGGCGUUUCAACUGCAACGUUGUGCUCAGGGCAGCAGCACUAGAGAAAAGCUUCCGACCAUGUGGUGCACUAGUGCUGCUGCCCUUCCGACCAUGAGUGACGGUGCUCAGGCAGGGUUAUGUGGUGCUCAGGUAGGUGUUAUGUGGUGCUCAGUGCUGCUGGUGGGUGGGUGUGCUGCUGAGGCAUUUCAGAAGAACAAACCCGACGCUGCUGUGUGGAUUUUACUUUUGAGAAUUCUCAAAAGUAAAAUCCACGCUGCUGUCAUCUGCGCCAACUGCAACGUCAUGCUUAGGAGCAUGAUGGAGCAAGCAGGGCAGUUGGGCGACUGUAUGUCAACACCAGAGGCGGACGAGGCAGCAGCAAAGACGGCCAAGAGAGACAGGAAAGCAGCCUUUCCACACCCCUCCUCCCAUUCCCCCUUCCGCCAUCCCCCGUGUCCCCUCCUUAGGAGCAUGAUGGAGCAAGCAGGGCAGCUGGGCGACUGUGUGUCAACGCCAGAAGCGGACGAGGCAGCAGCAAAGAUGGCCGAGGCUGAAAAGGGCAAGCUGCCGCUGCCCGGCCAAGUGGACUUUGUCAAUGGGGGCCCACCCUGCCAGGGUUUCUCCGGCAUGAACCGGUUCAACCAGAACCCAUGGAGCAAGGUGCAGUGCGAGAUGAUCCUCGCAUUCCUCUCCUUCGCGGAUUUCCUCCGCCCCAAUUACUUCCUCCUCGAGAACGUGCGCAACUUUGUCUCCUUCAAUGGGGCGCGUACUUUCCGCCUCGCCUUGAGGACACUGCUCGCCAUGGGCUACCAGGCCAAACCCUCCCUGCAGUUGGGAAGUCUCGAAAUAUUGUAUUUUCCCUUCAGGAUUCCCCGCCCUCUUUCGAGGUCCGCUUCGGGCUCAUGCAAGCACCUGCAAGCAGGCAACUUUGGCAUUUCGCAGUCGCGCACGCGGGCGUUCAUCUGGGCAGCAGCGCCGAUCCACGUCCUCCCACAAUGUUAUUUAGAGUCUCAGAUUCCCCCAACCCCCCCUCCCAUCCUCCAGGUCCGCUUCGGGGUCCUGCAAGCAGGUAACUUCGGCAUAUCUCAGUCGCGCACGAGGGCCUUCAUCUGGGCAGCAGCGCCGGGCCAUGUGCUCCCCGAGUGGCCCCAGCCUCUGCACGUCUUCGCCUCCUCCCAGCUCUCCGUCCCCCUCACCACCUCCGCUGCUGCUGCUGCUGGCGCUGCUGUUGGUCAGUUCAGCACGGCGAGCUCGCUGGCCAAUGAGGCGUGUCCACGUGGCCCUGCGAUGGGGGCGCCGCUGCGGUCGAUCACGGUGCGGGAUGCGAUGGGGGACCUGCCGAGCAUUGAGAAUGGGGCGGAGGAGGAAGAAAUGGAGUAUUCCUCCGAGCCAUCCUCCUGGUUCCAACGGUGCAUUCGAUCCCAACAGGCCAGGCUGCUGGACCACACGUGCAAGAAAAUGAAUGAGCUCAAUCUGAAGCGCUGCCAACACAUCCCCAGGCGCCCGGGCGCGGACUGGCGGGACCUGCCGGAUAUCAAGGUGCCGCUACCCGAUGGGCGUGAGGCGGAUCUAGUCCCCUGGUGCCUGCCCAACACCAUGCAGCGCCACAACAACUGGAAGGGGCUGUUUGAGCCCCUUGUGCCAGCCAAGAACCAUGGACUCUUUUCACAACCCCAAACCUACUUUCUUCCCUUCCUCUGCCACCAGGUGCGGCUGUCGGAUGGUCGUGAGGCGGAUCUCGUGCCCUGGUGCCUGCCCAACACCAUGCAGCGCCACAACAACUGGAAGGGGCUGUUUGGGCGGCUGGACUGGGCGGGCAACUGUUUUUCUUACUCCCAACCCGCCGUCCCUGCUUCAUUUCUCCCUUUCCUACCACAGGUCCGAUUGUCUGAUGGGCGUGAGGCGGAUCUCGUGCCCUGGUGCCUACCCAACACCAUGCAGCGCCACAACAACUGGAAGGGGCUGUUUGGGCGGCUGGACUGGGCGGGCAACUUCCCCACGUCUGUGACGGACCCCCAGCCCAUGGGGAAAGUGGGCAUGUGCUUUCACCCUGAGCAGGAUCGAAUAGUCAGCGUGCGAGAGUGUGCAAGAUCUCAGGGCUUCCCCGACUGGUACCGCUUCGCUGGCAACAUACAAGCCAAGCAUCGCCAGAUCGGCAACGCUGUCCCUCCACCGCUGGCCCUGGCUCUGGGCCUGCAGCUCAGGAAAGCUCUUUUGGAGACGAGGAAGAUGGAUGGAGCAGAGGAAGAGGGGAAGAGUAACGUUUAG